AGUCGCGGGGCGGCGAUGGCGGCGCUGCUGGAGCACGAGAGCCAGAUCUUCCUGGACCUGUUCCAUCAGGACGGGCUGGUGGUCUGCGCCCGCGGGCUCGGCAUCGAUCGCUUGCUGCUGCGCUUCCUCCGCCUUUACUGCGAACCCGCCAGCCUGGUGCUGGUGCUGAACACGAGCCCCGCCGAGGAGGAGUAUUUUAUUGACCAGCUGCGGUCGGAUGGAGUUGUGCACCUUCCUCGGCGUGUCACCAAUGAGAUCCCCAGCAACACCCGCUAUGAGUUCUACACGCAGGGGGGGGUUCUCUUUGCAACUAGCAGAAUCCUCGUGGUUGAUUUCCUCACCGACAGAAUCCCUGCAAACCUCAUCACUGGUGUUUUGGUAUACAAAGCACACAGAAUCAUUGAGUCCUGUCAGGAAUCAUUUAUAUUGCGACUUUAUCGCCAAAAAAACAAGGAAGGCUUCAUUAAAGCUUUUACAGAUAAUGCAGUUGCAUUUAACACUGGUUUUUGCCAAGUGGAAAGAGUGAUGAGAAACCUUUUUGUCAGGAAACUUUACCUGUGGCCAAGAUUUCAUAUAGCAGUGAACUCAUUUUUAGAGAAGCAUAAACCUGAAGUGGUGGAAAUACACGUGUCAAUGACUCCUAGUAUGCUUGCUAUCCAGACUUCAAUCCUGGACAUUUUGAAUGCGUGUCUGAGAGAACUGAAAUGUUAUAAUCCAGCUCUUGAAGUAGAAGAUCUAUCUUUAGAAAAUGCUCUUGGUAAAGCUUUUGACAAGACAAUACGUCACUAUUUAGAUCCUCUCUGGCAUCAACUCGGAGCUAAGACAAAAUCUUUGGUCCAGGAUUUGAAGAUACUGCGUACUUUGCUACAGUAUCUAACUCAGUAUGAUUGUGUCACUUUCCUUAAUCUUCUGGAGUCACUGAAAGCAAGUGAAAAAGCUUUUGGUGAGAAUUCAGGUUGGCUGUUUCUUGACUCCAGUACUUCCAUGUUUGUAAAUGCUCGAGCCAGAGUUUAUCGCACUGCAGAUGAGAAACUGAAUCAGAAGGGCAAAGUCUCUGAAAACAGAGAUGUAAAGAAGGAAAAUGAACUGAAAAGGGAAUUGGUUCUAGAAAGUAACCCAAAAUGGGAAGCUUUGAGAGAAGUACUCAAUGAGAUUGAAAAUGAGAAUAAGAACAGUGAAGACCUCGGUGGUCCAGGACAAGUUCUUAUUUGUGCCAGUGAUGACCGAGCUUGUGCACAGCUCAGGGAGUAUAUUACUGAUGGAGCAGAAGCCUUUUUAAUGAGACUGUAUAAUAAAACACUUGGAAAGGAUGAGAAAGCUGGAGAAGUGUGGAUAAAGGACAGAAAAGUGGUCAAGUCCAAAGGAAAUGCCAGACCAGACACAGGACCUCAAGCCAAAAAAGCCAAACUCUCUACUGGUUCAAAACAAAACAAACACAAGAAGCAGCAUGACCAAACUGUAGUCCAAAUGAUAGGGAAAACUAAGGAGGAAAACAGAGAGGAGUUGGAUGUGGAAGAUAACAAAGAAUUAAAUGGAAGCCAAGAAGGCAGUAUUGAAGAGACCUUUCCUGAAGAUUUCCCUGUGAAAUUACCCUCAGAUUCCUACUAUGGUAUUUUCAAAAACCCGCUCACAAUUAUUCAUCCACUGUACGGUUGCAGUGAUCCCUACGCUCUUACUCGGGUGCUGCAUGAAGUAGAGCCAAGAUAUGUUGUACUGUAUGAUGCAGAACUAACUUUUGUUCGGCAGCUGGAAAUCUACAAGGCAGGCAGACCUGGGAAGCCUCUGAGGGUUUAUUUCCUCAUCUAUGGAAGCUCAACAGAAGAACAGCGCUACCUCACGGCCCUGAGAAAAGAGAAGGAGGCCUUUGAAAAACUAAUUCGAGAAAGAGCCAGUAUGGUUGUUCCUGAAGAAAGAGAAGGAAGAGAUGACACAAACCUAGACCUAAUAAGAGAUGUUAAGCCUGCCUCUGUUUCCACUGACACACGCAAAGCAGGUGGACAGGCACAGAAGACUGCUCAACAGACUAUAAUAGUGGACAUGCGGGAAUUUCGUAGUGAGCUUCCAUCACUGAUUCAUCGUCGUGGUAUUGACAUUGAGCCUGUUACUUUGGAAGUUGGAGAUUACAUUUUAACUCCUGAUAUCUGUGUAGAGCGAAAAAGUAUCAGCGAUCUUAUCGGUUCCUUAAAUAAUGGAAGAUUGUAUACGCAAUGCAUUUCUAUGUCACGUUACUAUAAGCGACCAAUUCUUCUGAUUGAAUUUGAUCCUAACAAACCUUUCUCCUUGAUUCCACAAGGCUCCCUACGUCAGGAGAUUUCCAGUAGUGAUGUUACUUCUAAACUGACCCUUCUCACACUCCACUUCCCUAAGUUACGUAUCCUGUGGUGUCCCUCACCCCAUGCUACUGCUGAACUGUUUGAAGAGUUAAAACAAAACCGUCCACAGCCUGACGCAGAAACUGCAAUGGCAGUCACAGCAGAUUCUGAAACUCUUCCUGAGUCAGACAAGUAUAACCCUGGUCCUCAGGACUUUCUAUUAAAAAUGCCAGGUGUUAAUGCAAAAAACUGCCAUGCCUUAAUGAACCACGUGAAAAGCAUUGCUGAGCUGGUGACACUGUCAAAGGACAAACUCUGUGAAAUUUUGGGUAAUGCCGCCAAUGCCACACAACUCUUUGACUUCAUUCACAUGACCUACAAGGAGGCGCUAUCUAAAGAAAAAAACAAAAGAUGACUAAUGGGACUGACCAGCAUAUGUUAUAGAUAAGCUUUUCCUGCACAGUACUGUGGCAGGAUACAUGAAAUAUUUUUAGAAAUACCCUCUAAAAUAAGCAGCUGUUCUCUGCAAGUGCUGUCCCAUCAGGUUUAGUAUCUGAGCUAGUUAUUACUGAAGGCUGGUUUCAUGAGGAAAAUUUUUAAUACAGAAAUGCAAAUGAUUGUUAUUUCUACAGCACUUUAACAUUUUAUAAUAACACUGAAUGAACUAAAUUCUUCAUCAAGCCCAUUAAAGUUAAGUGCUAAGUCUUACUGAAAGAGAUGUUUCCUUUUGAAAGAUAUGUCUUGUUAAAGCUAAAAGCUCUUUCACCUCAUUUCCUUUAAAGUAAAAUAUAGGUAUACCAUUGGGACUAUUCUUUUAUGACAGCACAUCUCCUCUCAUAUAAUGCAAUGGCUUUCUGGGUAAGGUUUUCCAAAAGAAUUAACAGUUCUGCCAAUGUUGUCUUCUUUUCAUAUCCUAUUCACUUGCAUUUUUAUGUCUUAAGUAGAGCAUCUGUCAGUGAAUUCAGUAAAGCUGGUGUCACCUGGAAGAUAUCUUAGCAUUUGGUGCAGCAUAAAGCAGAGAGGAAAUGGGAUUAUUUUGAUAGUUCGUGAAUGUUUACAUUGCUAAAAAGCACAUAUUAUGCACUUAGCUUUGAUGUGACAGCAAUGCAGCAAACUGCAAUUGCCAAAAAGAUUGAUCAUUACCAAUCUGUCAUUACAUGCUAAUGUAAUCACAUUAGCUGUUUACAAACUCUUAAUUAUCUGUAAAGACUUGCAUAUGUAUAUUUUAAAAUUUUAAUGACAGAUCUAUACGCUCUCACAAUUAAGUAAAUUAUUAGUUUUCUGUUCAAGCUCAGUGAAGACCUGAUGUGCAAUUUCAGAUUUAAUGUUUGCUGUGCAUCUGAAGUGUCAAUUACAAACUUGUUAAUUUACAGUCUGAGCUGUGAGAUUUUGAAAAUGAACUUUUUUUCUGCAGAUGCGCAUUUCACCAAUAAGAUGAUUCAUAACAAAAUUAGAAUUCAUUAAUUUAAAAAAUAAAUUAUUCUAACUGUACAUACCUCUUGCUUCUGCUUUCCCUGUAUUGAGAUCAGAACAUUUUUUUGGUGUGUAGCUAAGAUUAGGGUUUCUAUUGCUGUACAUGCUGCUUUUUUUCCAUUUAGUAUAUAAGUCCUUCCACAAGGCAUUUGCUUAUUCAGAGCAAUAAGGCCAGAAAUGUUCUGCAUAGAGAAUGCCUGAACAGUGGUGCUAGGAUACCAGAAAACUGAACUAAAAAUAUAAUUGUCCUGAAUGUGUGUCUUAAGGAACUUGGCUCAAAAAAAGGGGAGUUGAACAACCUUUGAAAACAUGUAUUGUUUGUGCAUUUGCAUCAUUAAGAUGUUAAACAAAUGGGGUUUUUUGCUGUUUUUCAGAUUGGCAGGACUGACACCCAGUAUUGCACAGCAGCUUUGUCAGUACUUUUUUUCCUUAGGUUUGUGUAAGGUGAAAAUAAAGGCUAUGUGAAGAUGUUGUAAAGCCUUUGCUGCAUUAAUUAUAUGCUAGAUCAAAGUCAUAUACAUAUAUUAUUUGAUUGCACUGCAUAUUAUUUAAUAGAUAUUGUUUGAGUGGAAUUUUUGUAACUAUUUUCUAUUGCAGUUUUUUUCUUUAAUAUAUGCUGCAGUUAUUGUUGUAUGGUAUUGCUCCUUUUGUCUGGAUAUCUUUAUGAGGUUUGGUUACAGUCUAGGUUAUAAUAAUCUCUGAGGGCACAUUAGUGGUUUGUCCUUCUGAAGCAGUAGUAACCAACUGGUAAGAAAGGUGGGAGAUGUCUCAUGUCAUGAAACCACCUAAAGUUGAAAUAACGAAGCCAAGGAGUCAUACUUCACCUACAAGCAGCCAAAGAAAAACAAAAAAAACCAUGGAAAAAUGAUGAAAAUCCUUUGGAUGCAUUCUCUGACCUUAUGGUGUUCUUUAGCAUUCUUUCACCAAAAGCGAUGAAUUUUGGGUAUCUUGUCAUUUCUUGACUCUUAACUUUGUGCUUGUUUAUUUAAAAUUAAAAGUCAAUAUGUAAAAUUGA